GAUUUCGUUGAGUUUACUUGAGUAAAUGCCACGUCUUAACAAUAGCAUCCACGCAGACACAAGUACGCGUUUUAUCAAACGUAUUGCUCGCAGGACAGAGAGUUAUCCAGCGGCCCAGCAGGCAGUGAUAUCUGACACAAUCCGGGGAUACCAUGGGCUGUGUACGUCUGCUGGCACUGACACUGGCCGCAUCUGCAGUCCUCCUGUUAGCCUCCCAUUCAACCACCGCUCAUAGCCAUUCCCAUGGCGACCAUGGACACGGCCACCACGGCCACUCUCACGAUGACCUUGAGGAUGUGAAGAUGUUCCAUGGAGCGAGCAAGUGGAGCGCCGAGGCUAACAUCCCUCUGGAGGAAGAGGAGCACCACGGGCACGCUCACUCUCAUGACCAUGGACACGAUCACGGGCACGCUCAUGAUCACGGACACGACCACGGGCACGCUCAUGAUCACGGACACGCUCAUGAUCACGGGCACGCUCAUGAUCACGGGCAUCAGGAGGAUAUUGUCCGGGUGCACAAGGAGGAAAAUGGACACGUGCACUCACACGGAGGGGAGAGGGUGAAGAGGGAGGCAGAACCAGAGAAGAGGGAUACGUUGGAGCUUUGGACACAGGCUAUCGGAGCAACCCUACUGAUCAGUGCGGCCCCUUUCCUCAUCCUGUUCCUAAUUCCAGUUCAGUCCAACAGCGACCAGCACCAGAACCUGCUCAAGGUGCUGCUCAGCUUCGCCUCAGGCGGACUGCUGGGUGACGCCUUCCUCCACCUCAUACCACACGCUUUGGAGCCCCACUCUCACCAUGGAGAAGAAGAUCACGGACACUCGCAUGCAAGUGAAGAGUCACAGGACCACGGCCACUCCCACGGGGCUGCCCACGGUCACACGAUGUCCGUGGGUCUGUGGGUUCUCGGUGGGAUCAUAGCCUUCCUGGUUGUGGAGAAGUUUGUGCGGGCACUGAAGGGAGGCCACAGUCAUUCCCACGGCCACUCACAUGACGCUCCCAAGGAAAAGGACAGCGAUGGAGAAGAUGAAAAGGAAGGAAAGAAGAAAGAGGGAAAAAAAAGCAAAGACAAAGCGGUGUCAAAGAAAGAGGAGCCAAAGAGCACAGACAUCAAGGUGUCGGGUUACCUGAACCUUGCAGCUGACUUCACACAUAACUUCACUGACGGCCUGGCCAUCGGAGCGUCGUUCCUGGUCAGUCCUGCGGUGGGAGCCGUCACCACCCUCACCAUCCUGCUGCACGAGGUCCCACAUGAGAUCGGAGACUUUGCCAUCCUUGUUCAGUCCGGCUGCACCAAAAAAAAGGCCAUGUGUCUACAGCUGCUGACGGCUCUGGGAGCUCUGGCCGGCACAUCUUGCUCCCUAUUGGCUGAGGGCGUGGGCGCUGCGGCGACCGCCUGGAUCCUGCCGUUCACUGCCGGCGGAUUUGUUUACAUCGCCACGGUGACCGUGCUCCCAGAACUGCUAGCGGGCCGCACCAGUUUCGGCCAGUCUCUGAUGGAGAUCCUGGCCCUGCUGUUCGGAGUGGGCAUGAUGGUGCUGAUCGCUGAGUACGAGUGAGACGGAGAGAGAAGAGGGUCAAAAGUGGUUGAAAAAAAAAAUAAUGCUGGUUUUAAGUAGAGUCCAAUUGGAUUAUGAUUUGUCAGAGGUGUUUUUUUGUAUUGCUUCUGUUUUGGGACGAGCACCACCUACUGAUGGGGAGUGGAUGAUUUUUGUUAUGUUCUUUUAGCGUUUCACUUGCUGAUUUGUUAUACUGUAUUUUUGGGAGAGACUGAGAGCUGGAAAGUAACGACCUGAUGGAAACAUAUUUUAAGGACUGCUUUUCAUUAAGGGUCUACAUCAGGACUGGAUGAGAAAUAUUUCUGUCCGCUGGUUUCACAAUUUACUCACCGUGUUCAAGACACCGAUCGUCAGCUUCACUUUUACUGGUGGCCGGUUUCCAAGAGUGGCUUAAAGUAGAUUCAUCUUCCAGCACAUUUUCUGUCCUUUUGCUAAUUAAAUCUGCAUUUCAGAGUUGGGUCAGUGAAAGGGAAGCAAUGGUCAGGCUCCGUUGUUCUCACUACAGUGACCGGCUCGUUAACGUGUCUGUCUGGAGAUGAUGAAUGUUAAUAUUUUUACAUUCCACAAAAUAAAAGUAAAAGUUGUGGCUUCUACAGAUGUACUCUGAAGUCAUUCAAAUCUUUGUCAAAGUAACAAGCUGUUUUAGCCUUUACCAUUCCUACACAAUCUACUGUAUAGUUUAUUAACUAACGAUGGAUAGUCAAGGAGAAUACUGACAGCUGUGAUGAACAUCCCCAAUAAAGGUUUAUCAUUUCCUGUGA